AAAGCCAAUCCAAAAUCCCACGAACGCGAGGGCGCAGCGAAGGUGAACUAGGCGUACACGACAGAGACAGUCGCGGCUCUCGCAAAUAUGUCUGGCUACAAGGCACUGGCGAGCACCAACUCCUGGGCCCGUUUCAUGUUCAAGACAAGCAAGUACUACCAGUACGGCCUGCUGAAGAACGACUUGUAUCGCGAUGAACCGGUGACGCUGGAAGCCGUGCGGCGUCUGCCAAAGAAGCUGCAGGACGAACGCAACUAUCGCAUGCUGCGGGCCGUCCAGUGCAGCAUCGCGAACACCAUCCUGCCGGAGAGUCAGUGGACCAAGUUUGAGGACGACGUGCCCUAUCUCGAGCCGUACAUCGCCGAGAUCGAGAAGGAAGAGGCCGAGAAGAAGGAGUGGUACAGGACCCACUGAACAGCAUCGCCAUGCUACUAGAUUGAAUAAACGCUCUUCUUU